UUACGGAAAUCAUUUGAAAAGUUCCGUGUGCCGCUUUCACUGGGUUGGGGGCGCACACAUUCAAAAUUGCACAACAAAAUGCCCAGAAGAUGUUCACCAAAAUUAUACGUAACUGUGGCCAUGUUUACCUGAAGAGCGGAUAUCCGUCCGGCUCGGGAGCGGUGCCGCACCGGGUCCUGCACAACUGGGACCGCCAGCAUGCGGAGCACGAGCAGCGAAAGAAGGCCAUCCCGCGGCUGGUGUAUCUGCACAAUCCGUGGAAGUAUCUGCUGACGAAAUUCAACCUGUGGCAGCUCCGGUGGCUGUGGGAUCCGGAAUUCAAUGAAUCGGAAUUCAUCGAGGGCUCCAAGCAGGCGGCCGUCGUCGUGACGGACAUCAUACGGCAGCAGAGCCCCGAGAAGAUGAGCACGUACACCACGCCGGUGGGCUUCCAACAGAUCUCCCGCGACAUGCUACUCUCCCGCAACGACAACCGGCUGCAGUUGAUCCGUUUCCAGAGGGAGCACCUGCGUCGUGCCAUUCCCAUGAAGGUGGCCCGGCGCCAGAGCUUCGGCCGGAGGUAUGCCUUCAUCGAUGUGCUCUUUGUGGGGCUGCGGAACACCAAAGACUUUGACUCCGCCUCGGAGGUGGUGGAGGUGAACGAGCUCGUCCGCCGGAUGGACAGGGAGCUGAGGACACCUCGCGAUGUCGUGUCGGUGCCGCAUCGCAUUGUCUUUGCCGAGAUCUUCAUACGCUUCCGGCGCGACUACACCGAGGAUGCCAGGCGAAACUUUGAAACAAAGGAUCACAUGGCGCAGUCGGGCUACCCCUUCACACAUCAGUUCAGUGCCCCACUCACGCCCCAGGCGGCCCUCUCAAAGAGUUUAGUUCCACCACAUCCGCCUGAUGCGCUGGCGAGAUCUACACAGAAUCCGGCCACAGCGCAGCUGACCCCAACGGGCCGCAUCGUGCCGCGCUCGGGCGAUACCGACUGGUCGGUAUCCUUCUAUAAGAUCCUCACCUUCGAUGUCCUCAACUAUGAUCCCGAUCAUAAGCGUCGACAACGGUAGCCUUUAAGCCGAAUGGCAGGGAAGGAUUUCUUUCAGUGUAGCUUGAAUAAAGCCCAGUUUUUUUCUCAAAAAUAA